AUGGAUUUCGGUUUAGUGGACAUGAGCUCUGCAACCUCCUCAGCUCCCAACAAUGGCGGCGGCUUGUUCGGCCUGGACAUCACCAACGGAGCCGACGAGGCUUGUAAUAACAAGCGGAGACAGCUUUGCAGAUUAGGGCUUUCGAAGCGAGACAGGGCCGUGAGUGUAAACAAGGAUGAUUUCAGGGACUUUAAGAAAACUACUGCGAAGAUUUCGUCAGUACAGAGAUCCGACGGCUGUGAUUUGGCCGAUGGCCAUCAGCAAAUGCUGAGCUUCUCGUCCCCGAUGAGCUCACAGUCUGCGGCAUUGUCUUCUUACCAGCAGACGCCAAGCGGCUUUACUAGAAACUCCGGAAAUGGCUGUAGUGGAUUAGUGGAUAUGCAGGAAGGGGUGGUUUUAUCAAAUGUGAGGAGGCCUUUUACACCAUCACAAUGGAUGGAGCUUGAGCAUCAAGCCUUGAUCUACAAAUACAUUACUGCCAAUGUGCCUAUACCUUCUUAUCUUCUCAACCCGAUUCGCAAAGCUUUCGAGUCCGUCGGCGUUCUGGGCUUUCCGGGUUUCGGAUCGGGUGCCUUGGGAUGGUAUGGUUUAGAGGUGGGAUAUGGGAGCACAGACCCGGAGCCCGGGCGGUGCCGGAGGACGGACGGGAAGAAAUGGCGGUGCUCAAGGGAGGUUGUUGCCGACCAAAAGUACUGUGAGCGCCACAUCAACAGAGGCCGCCAUCGUUCAAGAAAGCCUGUGGAAGGCCAAUCGGCCCCUCUUUCCACCACCACCAAUAACAAUAACAAUAACAAUAAUCAUCAUCCAUCCGGAAUACCCAAUAUCAACCGAGGUACCGCAGAAAAUAAAGAUGGGCCAUUGUACCAAAAAGACGAGGCACACAAGUCGAAAGAAGAUGAAUUUGGAUUAGUCUGCUCCGACUCCCUACUCAACCCCCUAAACCAAACCUCGUCCCUCCUCAACUUCAAAACCUUAUACAAUAAUAACAAGCUGCAAGACGAGACGAGCAAGCACCCGCUCAGACAGUUCAUAAACAGCUGGCCCCAAGGAACCCAUGCCAACCUCUCGAUGGGCCUAGGCCUGGGCUUGGUCCCUGCCGUGGGGGGCCCUCUUGGGGAGGCCCUGGGCGAGUGCCAGGGGGUCGUUAAGCCCAUGGACAAGUGGGAAGAAGGGUCGUCACCGACAGGGGUCCUCCAGAUUGGCGCAUUCGGGUGCCUUUCCAACAGCAGUGCGGGGAGCAGCCCUCGGGCUGGGCCCUGCGGCGGGAUGUUUGGGCCUGGCCUAGCCGGCUCUUCGUUGCCCACGGUCUAG